UCAAAGGGGGUCAUGAUGGUGGUGCUCUUCCAGGGGUAGUUAGGAAGCCCAUGGGUUCUUGACUCUUUAAGUUGAUAGGAAAGGCCCAUUUCCUCCCCGAAGCCAACCACUCAAACAACUUCCCCCACACCACAAGCUCAACAACACCUGUUCCACAGCCACCCUGCAACCAUCACAAAACCAAAUCAUAUCCCAAAUGAAGGAGUAGAACCAUGUCAGGCAAUAUCAACCCGAGGACCAUCAUGGCGCCUGUGGCCGCUUUCACCAUGGCCGGGGUCUUAUUCUUGUAUACGCGGUCCUCGAUUCGCGCUGCGAGGAGCAAUGCGAAAUCGAGGCGUGAAGAUGAGCGGUUUCGGCGCCAGCAACACCAGCAACACCAGCAACGGGAGGAAGCAGGGCGUGAGUGAUGCGAAUGUGACGGGGGGCUCG